AUGAGGGGCCCGGGUCUGUUCUCCGAGAUCGGGAAGAAGGGAAAAGGUCGGAACUUGGCACAUUUAUCUCCUCCGUCGUCAUUCUCCUGUUUUUUGUAAUCUAGGUUACGUUUUGAUCCUUUUCCGCCGGGUAAUGAUUUCAGAUCUGCUGGGAAAGGACUACACCUAUGAUCAGAAGAUCACUUUCUCGAGCCGCACCGAGACUGGAGUGGUAUUGACGCUCUAGCCAAUUUGCUGCCUUUUUUUUUUUGAAGAUUUUCAUUUUUUUGUAUUUCUUGAUUCGAUGGUGCCAGAGGCUUUUAUAUUUCUUAUGGAGUUGAGUGCCGAGUAUUAUCACGGUUUUUUUGAUCGAGGGGUUUUAGUUCCCUACGGCCAUGCUAUGAAUAUUUGAUUCAGUCGAGUCCUCGCGGCAAAUGGUCCCAUUUUGUUUCGGUGGAUUAAUAAUCGACUUCAUUUAAUCUUUUUGACGCUGUAAUGUAUAACUUAGUUUCUUUUAAGAUUGACUUUUGGUCAUUUCGAGAACUUAUAUUCGCAUGGCUUACUUUAUAGAGCAAAAUCUUGUUCUAGUUUAAAACGAGCAGUUGAAAAUUUAUAUUUUUAUUAAUAUUGUGUUAUUCUCCUUGUAUUAUGCAAGUCUUUUGCGGCAUUCUUUCUUUCUCUCCAAUUAUCUUUAGCAUCCUCUAUGCGUACUGUUGGAUAAUUUUUAGGACAUCAGUCAAUUUAUUGUUUAAGCAAAUUCGAAGUCUUCAUGCGCCUGCUAGGUAUCUUGUAUAAUGUUUCUAAACUAUUUCACUUUUCCCUCUUUAUUUAUCCACUAAAUUCUUUGGUACAGUUCAGGUGUCAAUAUUCGUAUUUUAUGUCCCUUAUGAAGAUACGAUUAUGUCUUGUAUUAGUUUUGAUGGACAAGUUAGACUUUUUAUGAGAAAAGAUUCUUUGAAAUAAUAGUCUUUUCACGAGGAUAGGAAUUUCAGUAACACACUAGCUUGAAAUUUUGCCGAUUCAGAGUUUCUUGAUACAACACGGGUAAUAAUUUGAAGGCAAGGUUGACUAGCCUACAUAUUUGAGCUAUGGUCCUGUAUACGAGACCUUCCUAGCUGAUGAGUAAAGUACUUGCUGCUCGGUUAUAAUUCACCCUGGCUAAGCCAGUGGGACUCUUGACAGCAUAUUUGUUUGUUUUGUAUAUAUUUGAUGUCGUUUGGUUAUCUCGGUGGGAACUAACAGUUUAUUAUUUCUAGCUAUAGGGUUUAACAGCGCAUUUAAAUGUCAAGUUGAAACAGUGGCUUAAGAAAGUUUGAAUUGAUCACAAAUUAAUAGUGUUUGACGGCGUCUGCGUGCCAAGUUGAAACUUGCAUCAACUCCUAUUAUGGCGUCUUAAGAAAGCAAUCAUACUUUGUAGGAAUAAAGUGGAAAGCCUAAUACGUUUCACAGAAAAUGGUUUCCAUGAAUUUGCAGUGAAAUAAAUCUUUAAUUACUGUAGCUAUGUUUUUUUUUGUCACUAUUCCUCUUUAUUUUAUGAUGAAUAUCAUUCAGCAACUUUUUAAAUGAAGAUCUGGUGCGUCUCAUGUUGAACUGAAAAGAAUAGAAAAAGCAACGACAUCUAUAAGUCAUUAGAUGCAUAUCUUUUGCUCGAGUUUGCUGAGUUUAACGACAUCUAUUAAUAUUUCAUUUACAUUUUUCUCAUUAAGCGAAAAAAUGAAAGUAGUACGUGGUCCCUAAUCACUAAGUGUCAUCUUUUUAUGUUUUUUUUUUUGGUGACACUAGUCUUAGUUUUUCACUUUAUUAGUAAGAUAUAUGUGUGCCCUAUUUGUCAGGUGGUAGAUAUAAGCUAAAGCUGUCAUACUGAAGGUGUUUCAUACGAUUAUUAUCAAAACUACGAGUGGACUUUUAUAUCAUACUGUUCUAGUCCGGGAAGGCCUUUCUUUUUAAAAUUUCAAGUGCUUUCUUUCACAUUGCUUCCUGUGCUUAAAUAUGGGUGCAUGUGUCUUCAAUACUCCCUAAGUAAGGUGCGGGCUAGUAUAUACCACGAAGCCAAGUUAUCUUUUACUUAGUUUACGAGCUCAGUCUGACCUUUUUUGAAUCUGUGUGAUCUCCUAGCAGUGAUUCAUGCCGAGAUGAACUGAUUCAGCCUAUUGAUGGUAGGAUUGAGCCACUUGAAAAACCGCGAGUGACUCAUUCUGUCAUGUUCUGAUUUUACCUGACUUGCAAUUGGCUUGGGCUGACUGGAUGCAUGCCUUUUCGAACCAAUCACAUAUCUGGAGUAUCAGAUCUGUAGCAUCCUAGUACGUUUUCUUGUUCGAGUCAGAUUGUUACAGUCCAGUACAACUGUUUUCAAGCGUACUGGGUCAGUAACUGAGUCCAAGUUUUCUAACUUUUCUAGUCCCAUGACUGAAAAAGCAGGCCAAAUCUGGUUAGAGUCCGCUGUUCAAUUUAUCCAGACCAAAUUGACUGAGCCAUCUGAUCGCAAUCCUUAACUGCAGUAACUGUGGAGCAACUUUGAGCCUGCUCGGAUCUGCUUUGUUGUUCAUAUCCACCUCUUCAAUAUGCCAGUCUCUCCCUGCUCUUCAGCUACUCACAGAUGUUCACCUGGUCUCUUCCUCGUGCCAUCUGCUGCUCAAUGCUUUUAGGAUGCUUGAUACUUACUUCCUUACUUGAGCAUUUGAUCUGCUUCAAUUGUUCAAUGGAUAUUCUCCAAUAACAGUGGUUAGGGAAGCCAAGAGAAGCCUUGUCCUUAUUCUUUUAAUCAUUUUAUUAGAUGAAAACUAAUUUAUUUCUUGUCAGGAUUGUUUAAUCUGAAUUAUUGUGAAGCCAACGCAUAUUAACAGCAGUAUCAUGUUUUCUUAAGGUUUUAAUCGUUCUAGUCUUCUAGAUUAUGAAAAGUUUGUUCCAAGUAAGGUCUUUCAGGAGGAAGUCUCUAUCAUGAAGAUCAUUUAUAUGGGUUGGACUGCGAUUGUUUUUGUUACGAAUGAGAGAGAUCGAAGGAGAGAGAGAGAGAGAGAGAGGGACCUAGGAGACUUGACGACUUAAAAUCUAGUCGACAGACAUAUGGGUCGAUAUGGCCAUGAUCUAUAUUGGCCAAUACAGCCUAGAUGCAAUAAUAUAUAUAGUAUUCAACAGCCCUGCCUCAAGCUAGAUCAUAUUUUUCAUAUGCACCUAACUUGUUAAAUGGAAAUUGCACCUUGUGACCAUUUAGAGACCUAGUGAAUAACUCUGCAAGUUGUUAUGUGGAGCUAACAUGGACUGUGGUGAUGAGUGGCGCUUGGAUCUUCUCUCUAAUGAAGUGACAAUCAACUUCAAUGUGUUUUGUCUUCUCAUGGAACACAUGAUUAGAGGAAAUAUGGAUCACCACACGUUUGUUGCAUUUGAGCUCUAUAGGACCUUCAUGAUGAAAGCCAAUUCUUCAAGAUAAUGUCCGACUCGUAUCAAUUCACAUGUAGUGUGUGUCAUUGCCCUGUAUUUUGGUUCAACGCUUGAUUGUGAGACCACAUAUUGUUUCUUACUUCUCCAAGAAAUAAAAUUACCGCCUAGAAAUAAAAUCUGGAUCUCUUAUCCAGAUUGCAACUUGCCCAAUUAACAUAUGAAAAACCCUGCAUUAUGAGAUGACUGUUUUCUUGCAUAGUAGUCCUCUACUAGGAUUAUUCUUGAGAUACCUCGAUAUCAGCAUGACUCCAUCAAGAUGUUUGGUGUGUGAUCGUUCCAUGAAUUGAUGCACCACACUUAGUAGUGAAUGAGAUAUCUAAUUGAGUAAUAGUCAAAUAAUUUAAUUUAGCAACUAAGUGUUUAUACCUCCCUAGAUCCUCUAACAUCUCAUCUUCAUCAAUUGAUAACUUUAAGUUAGGGUCUAUGAGAGUGGUAGUUGUCCUUGUACCUAACAUUCCUAUCUCUGAAAGAAAAUCAAGGGCAUAUUUUCAUUGGUUGAUUGCAAUCGUUUCAUUGGAUUGAGUGAUCUCAGUCCCAAGUAAAUAUUUGAGAUUACCAAGGUCCUUGGUUGCAAAUUGCCCUUGUAAAAACUCCCUUAGUUGAGAGAUAUUUGCAUGAUCAUCUCCAGUAAUAAUGAUGCCAUCAACAUAUACAAUCAACAAAAUAUGAGCAAUAGAAGAAUGUCUAUCAAAGAUAGAAUGAUGAACCUCGCAUCUGUAAAAUAAUAUUAUUGAAUUGACUAAAUCAUAGAUAAUUUUUGUAGGCAACAUACCAAACUGAACUCUCUCCCUCCCCCCCCAACACACACCAACCAACAAAUAUUUCCAGUAACAACGAUGUCAUCAACAUAUACAAUCAACAAAAUAGGAGCAAUAGAAUAAUGUAUAUCAUAGAGAAUUUCUGUAGGCGACAGACCAAGCUGAACUCCAACCCCCCACUGCUGAGCAACAAAAUCUAUUAAUUGUUCCAUAUAAAUCUCCUCCUAUAAGUCACCAUAAAUGAACACAUUCUUGAUAUCUAGUGAAUGUAGAGGCCAAGAAAAUUAGGCAGCCAAUACCAGGAAGAUUUGUACUGAAGUAAUUUGUCAACUUGAGAUAAUGUCUCAACAUAGUCUCCACCACAUACUUGGGUGAAGCCUUUUGCCACCAAACAGGCUUUAUAUCAAUUCAGAGAACCAUCUAGACCAACUUUAACAUUGAAUACCCAUUUACACAUCAAUGGAUUUACCAGACAAUCGUUGAACCAAACAUCGUCCCAUUUUGCUUAAGGGUAGUCAUCUCUUCUGCUAAAGCUGCAUGUCACCCAAGAUGGGCAAGUGCCUCUUAAACAUUUUUAGGGAUAUGUAUAUCUAUAAUAGGGAUGAAACAAAGACAUAAUAUGUUUGAGACUAGUGAGUAUAAAAGAUAAAGCUAGACGUUCGGUGAAGGGUACACAACCUUUUCUCCUUUCGGAGAGAAAUUGAAAGAUCCAAGUUACAUGUAGCAAAGCCAUUUUCUAUUAGAUCGUCAAAUGUAGAUGAGAUUGAUUGUGGAUCAAGCACUUCAAGAGCUGUUGGGCAAGUUUGGAGAACUCUUUGUCAUGUAUAUACUUGUGUGAUGGCGGUUGACUAGUAGACAGCAUGACUAGUAGACUCAACAAGACUAUCACCUAUUGGAUGAUCAAUGGUAGAGAUUGACUCAAUAACAAUUAGUAGAGGUAAUGAUUCUUCCAAUGAUGCACUAGAUGUAGGAUCAUCAAAAAAAGAUGUACCUUCAGAGAAUGUAACAUCUAUUGAGAUAAUGUGACAACUAAGUGAUUGGCUAUAAUACUUAUAUCGUUUUUGAACAUGAGAGUAUCCUAAGAUGUACUUUGUAGAUUUAAGACCAAGUUUAUCUAGACCAACUUCUAUUUUUUGAACAAAACAAACAUCCAAUAUAUUUUAUGUGGAACACUAUACAAUGGCUCUCUCAAGUGAAGGACCAAGUAAAAGAUCUUAUUAUCUAAAAUAGAGGAUAGCAUGUGGUUAAUUAGAUAAGUGGCUGUGAGUACAAUAACUCUCCAAAAUUUGAUAGAAACAUGUACGUGUAAAAGAAGCGUACAAACAAUUUCAACAAUGUGUCUUUCUUUACUCUCAUUGACUCCAUUUUGUUGAGGGGUGUGAGAACAUGAUGACUGAUGGAUUAUCCCAUUGUAGGUUAAGUAAUGCGUAAAAGGAGAACUAAAAUAUUCUUUUGUGUUGUCAAAAUGUAGUAUAUAGAUGUUUUUGCCGAAUUAUUUUUUUAUUUCAACACAGAAUUAACAAAAAAAAUAGAAAAUAAGCCAGAUAUAUCUUUCAUGGGAUAUGACCAUGUAACACAAGAGUGAUCAUUAAUAAAAAUAACAAAUAUCUAAACCUAAAAUAUGGAUGUGAUCUGACUCGAACCUUAUACAUAUGGAUGAACGAAGUCAAAGAUUGACCUCACUUGCUUUUGAAUAUGUGAUGUAAAGUCGAAACAUAGUGUUUACCCAGCUGACAAGACUCACACUCUAAGUUGUCUAGACCCAUAAGAUUGGGAGUUCAAUAACUUGAGCAUCCCAAGAAACAAAUGACACAACCAGCUAUUUAUUUGAAGAGAUGAAACAGCAACACACGUGACAGGAGAGACUUUAUCCAAAUAGUAUAGUCCUUGGUGCUCAUAUGCUUCACCAAUCUUCCUCCACGUUUGAUGGUUCAGUAGAGAAUGUCUCUACUACAGGUAACUUGGAUCUUCCCAUUGCUCUCUGAAAGAGAAAAGGUUGUGCACCCUUCACCCCACGUCUAGCUUCAUCUCAUAUACUCAUAGUAGUUGGUACCUUGAAAGUGUAUUGAUACCUAAUUAUCUUGUCUGCCAUACAAUGCUAUCAAGGUUCAUUUUUAAUUGGUGAGCACCAUGUUUACUUUCCCAGGAGAUUGUUAACCUGAUUCAUUGCUUGAACUUGGAGCCAUGGAUGUUUAGAAAUAUCCUAACGACGUAGUGUUUGACAAGCAAGAAACCCUUCUGGUUUUCUGCUGAUUGCAUAAAAUUAUAUCUAACCAAAGGGCUUCCUUGGGGCGAGCUAGAAGGAACAGAGAUUCAUGAUCAUGCAGUUUUUUGCGGAUAUUUUCCUUGUAAUACAUUACAGAGUUUUCAUGGUGUCUCGAUGAAAGGCAACACAAUGUAUCGAAUGAAACUAUGUUUGGGUAAUGAAAAGAGGGACUAUGAUAUGGACAUGAUCAUAGAAGAAAAAAAACCUUAUAGUUCAAAUCCCCCCCCCCCCUUAUUUUCUGCGUUCUUUCCCAAAAACUUAUUCUCUCCGCUGGAAUAGUUUUAUUCACCAAACAACUUGAAUGGUAAUCAUGAAUUGAUUAUUCAUGAUGCAACUCAUACAUUAAUGCAUCUCCAUAUAAACAGAAUUUUAUCUCUUUACCUUUCAUAGGAGGAUCUAAUCAUCUCGAGCUUCAUUUCCAAAACCAGGGCCUCACGACUAAUGCAGUGAAGAAGGGUGGGCUCUACAUCGGUGACAUUGCAUCGCAGUACAAGUACAAGAACACGACCUUUGAUGUGAAAGUGGAUACGGAGUCAAAUGUGAGGGUUCUGAUUCUCCUUUUCCGUCUCUCAUUUCAUAAACCAGCCGAGAUCUUCUUCCCUUAGAACAGUUCCCACUUCUGUUCUGAAACAGGUCUCAUCGACUGUGACUCUGGAGGAGUUUCUUCCUUUCACGAAAGCAGUUGGCACCUUCAAGCUACCUGACUACAGCUCGGGCAAGGUACAUAUGGUUCAUGAAUCGGUUUACUUCCAUAUGGGAGUUAAUGAUCGUCUCAAACCCCCACCAUCGUCCUCCUCUGUGUUCAGCUGGAGGUGCAGUACUUCCAUGACCAUGCUAGUGUCGCUGGAGCUGUUGGCCUGAAGCAGUCUCCCACCGUUGACCUCUCCGCCACUGUCGGUGCCCAUGGGAUCGCCUUCGGAGCUGAGGCGGGCUUCGACACCAGCUCGGGAACCUUCACCAAGUACAAUGCCGGCCUCAGCCUGAAGAAGCCCGACUACAUUGUCUCAAUUCUUCUGUAAGUCAACUAUUCGAUCCUGCCACCGCUCUAUUGUGGACUACAUUGAGCCCACCGAUGGUCCUCCAUCCUUUCCAGGGCUGACAAGGGAGACACCCUGAGGGCCUCCUACGUCCACCACCUUGAUGGGAAGCAGAAGAGCGCGGCGGUGGCGGAGAUCACCCGCAAGUUCUCCACCAACGAGAACACUCUGACCGUCGGCAGCCUGUAUGAGCUGGAUUCCCUCACCUCAGUGAAGACGAAGCUCAACAAUGGCGGCAAAUUCGGGGCCCUUCUCCAGCACCAGCUCAGGCCCAACAACGUUCUGACCAUCAGUGGAGAAUUCGACACCAAGGCCCUCGACAAGAAGCCCAGGUUCGGCCUAGCUCUCGCCCUCAAACCCUGA